AUGGGUGAAGAUACCUUCACAUACCGGCCGCUGGAGUCCCAGCGCACAAUCCGCACCCUUCUCCUUCAGCCCGGCCAACCUGGACAGGAGGUCAGCUGCUCCCUCCAGCACGCCUCCCUUGAUCACAACCGCCCAAAGUAUGAGGCCCUCUCGUAUGCGUGGGGGGACGUCUUGAACACGCGCCAGAUCUGCGUCGACGGCAGCACGGCCAGAAUUACGGCCAGUCUACACUCAGCGCUUGCGCAGUUCCGCCAUCCCACUGAUCCGCGCCUCCUCUGGGCCGACGCCCUAUGUAUUAACCAGAAAGAUACGGCGGAGAAGACGGUCCAGGUCCAGCUCAUGGCAGAUAUCUAUCGCUACGCGGCGCAGGUCCUCGUCUGGCUCGGGCCCGACGCAGAAGGUCUCGAAGAGUUCCUCCCAACACUCCACGGAGCUUCAGAGCUCAUCUCGGCAAUCGAAGCGAGGUAUAACACCGAGCCCGAGGCAGCAAUUGAGAUGCAGCGCGGCAUGAUGCGCUUAGCCUGGGAACCAAUCCUCGAGCUAUUUCUCCGGCCGUGGUUCACGCGGAAAUGGGUUGUGCAGGAGGUUGCUCUCGCCAAGCACGUUGUGAUGUGCUGUGGGAACCUGUGGUUCCCCUUCCACACUCUGGGGAUGGUAACCUUGGCUUUGGUCGAAUGGCCUGUAAGUGCGGGCCUGAUGGCUCAAUGGAAUAAGAAGUAUUUCACCGGGCUUUUCAACGCCUAUUUUCUCUACUCGGUGCAUCGCAAAAAUGUCAACAAGUGUGAAGAUCAAGAGGACAUACUCAGCUUCCUUGUCCGGACCAAGUUGUUCCACUGCUCGGUCCCCCACGAUCACAUCUAUGGUCUCCUGGGACUUCUGGAUACUUUUGGUGCCUCUCUGAAACCCGACUACCAAUGCAGUGCCGCCGACGCAUUCUCCCACUUUGCCAUCUGGAACCUUGUUGAGGAGCAGAGGCCGGAGGUGCUAUGUAUUGCUAGCAAACCCGAUGGCCAGAUUGGUCUACCCUCGUGGGUACCGGAUCUCAGCAAUAUGCAAGAUAUUCAUCCUAUUGCUAACCAUACGCUGCGCCUGUUCUCUGCCGGAGGACAGCAACCACCGAAAUUUACCGUCUCGGCCGAUAGAAAGCUCCUGAGCUGUCAAGGUAAGAUUAUAGACACAAUAGAAAAUUACACGUAUAGCGUGAGCGAGAUGCCGCUGCCCGAGGAGAUCCCCGAGUGCCUAGUCAGGAGGAAAGUAUCUCGAUACAAAGUGCAGUCGGCCUGCCGCACGCUUUACUGGCUCCAGGCGUGCGAAAGACUUGCAGCCGAAAAUAUGGCCGGCCUACUCUACAAUGAUGAGGGGAACGAUGAUGGCGACGCCCAUCGCAAAACUAGGCUACGAUCGGAUCGCUUCGAGCAAUUUUGGCGCACGAUACUCUGCGGAGUUCACUUCAGUGAUGGCGGUUACCACCGCCCAAAGACGUCCGUCGGCACCACCUUCGCGCGCUACUUCGAUCUGCUGCGUGAUUCCUGCAGUGAAAGCCGCUACAAGCAAGUGAAAGGGUCUGAGCUGUGGAAAUGUGCCUUGGUGAUCGAGCCAACGAUUGACAUGCUCUCCGUGCGGAGGAAGUUCUGCACGACAACAACAGGCCGGCUAGGCCAGCUGCCGAGGGAGGCUCAACGGGGGGACCGCGUGUGCAUAUUGCAAGGGGUACAGGUGCCGUUUGUAAUUCGGGAACGGUCUCAAGGAGAUGGCUACAUGCUAAUUGGAGAAUGCUAUCUGAACGGAGUGAUGGAUGGAGAAGAGUACAGGGAGGAUAUGGGCGGAGUUACAGAUGUACGCUUUCGUUGA